GUAUAGUAGCAUUACAAAUAUAAGGUAGAACUGACAAUGAGCUGUGAGAUAGAAGAGGAGAGCCCUUCCAGAUACGGUGAUGGGGGAGUUAGUAAUUUGGAUGGCAUUAGAGAGGAGAUUGAAACGGCGUUCUCCGGCGGCGGCGAUCACGACGGCGCUGCCGUGUACGUGGCGGUGGGGAAUGCUACUAAGGGGUGUGAGGAGUCGAGCAUGGAUGCGCUGCGUUGGGCACUCAAAAACGCCGUCGUCACUCAUCCGCCCUCUUCUUUUCUCGUCUUCCUCGUUAAUAUCUUCCCGGAAACCAAGCACAUCCCAUCUCCAUUGGGGAUGAUUCCACUGAGCCAAGUGAAUCCUGAGCAGAAAGAGAACCACAUGGCCCAAGAAAGAAGCAAGAGAAGCCAAUUCCUUCAUAAAUUUCUUGAUGUCUGCUCUGCUUCCCAGGUGAAAGUGGAGACCAUACUUGUUGAAAGUGAUACAGAAGCAAAGGCAAUACUGGACCUCAUUCCCAUUUGCAACAUCAAAAAACUAGUUCUGGGCAUUUCUAAACCAAAUCUAAGAAGGAUGAGGUCAAAGAGAGGUAGCUGCACAGCUGAUCAGAUACUACAGAACGCACCCGAGUUUUGCGAAGUAAAGAUCAUAUGUGAAGGCAAGGAAGUGGCAACCGAUCAGCUUGAGUCGCCAUCGCCUUCUCCUUCUCCGGGACCCAGUCCAAGAUCUGCCCACGGCCCGACACAGCUUCAAAACCAGACGCAAAGUGAGUCGGUUGGGUGCGGCUGUUUCAAAGCAAAGGUAUUCCAGUGAUCAGAUCCAGGAAAGAUCUUCAGCUAGAGAGUUACAUCAAGAGCAUCAACCAAGAAAAAUAUUACCCUCACAAAAGAUUAAAAAUAAAAUACAGGAUAUCUACAAAGUACUUGGUUUCUUUUUCUUUUUAAUACAAAUGAAAAGCUGCCAAUUCAAAUGUAAGCAAACAUUGAAUUCUUACACAUUUUGCAUAUCUGAAUAAUCAAGCAUAUAUCGAUGA